CCGCUCCUCUCCUCCUCAUUGUGCGGCUGAACACCUCGGACUGUCAGAUCUGUGUCCAUAGACGGACAUGAUUGUUCCUUCUGGGGCCCCGAUCUCCUGAGAGGAUGAGACACUGAGGAGCCCCCUGCAGACCCCUGUACUGAUCAUCUCUCCCUGCUGAUCCUACUCUCCAAGGUGCUGAAAGACAUCCAUGACCUCUCUGAGGGUCCGCACCCCAUGGCCGCACUGAGGAUGUAGGAGAGGGGUCCAUCAUCCGUCAUCAUCAUCAUCUACUGCCCCUCACCCUACAAGCCCCGGCUCACAGGACCACCCUGGAAGGAACCAGAACCAUCAUGGCCACCUGGAGGAUGAGAGUGAUCGGGGGGCUGCUGCUGCUGCUGAUGGUGGGGAUGUGCUCACCUGUGUGUGUUGAGGUUCUUUCUGGGACAGAGGCCGUCCAGGGACAGAAUAUGACUCUACUGUGCAUCUCCUGCAUGCAAAGAGAGGAAGUAUACGCCGUUACCAAUGUGGAGUGGUACUAUGAACCCAGCAAUGGAAACCGAUCACUUAUCUACGAAUACAAUGAGGGAAAACCCCGGGAGCACAUGAGCCAAUUUAAAGGCCGCCUGAUGUGGAUUGGGAGCAAAGACCUGCAGGACGUCUCCCUUGUAUUACAAAACGUAACGCUGAUGGAUUCGGGGAGAUUCAUCUGCAACGUCAACCGCACGCUACACUUCGAGCAACACCAACACUACACCACAAGCAACGUGGAAAUCUUUCUGACCGUGUCCAAAAUACAGAAGGAGGAUUUCACCAGUGUCCUCUCGGAGAUCAUGAUGUACAUCCUUCUGGCGUUCCUCACCUUGUGGCUCUUGAUCGAGGUUGUUUAUUGCUACAGAAAGAUCUCCAAGGCCGAAGAAGUGACCCAGGAGAGCGUCACUGACUAUCUGGCGAUACCUUCAGAGAACAAGGAGAGUUGCCAAGUUCCGGUGGAGGAGCAAUGAGGCAGGGAGAUCCCAACACACAGGUGUUCUAGGAGGAUACAGAUCAGUCAUCUUUCACCAUGUGAACAGGCGUUGGCCAUACAGAGCUGUCUAUCACAUAUCCGAACCCAUCAUGGCUGUAACAUAUCAGACUCCCUCUAUAAUGCCUUACCUGCUUUGUGAUAAUCCAGAAUGUCUCACAUCUAUGUAAUGUGCUGUAUGAAGAGAUGAACAAACACCGGGAAGAUCCACGACUCGGAGGGGCCGGUCAUGGCUAUUGAUUCGUUCCUGAAAAUUCUUAAAAAAAAAAAAAAAACCUUCACAGAAGAUAUUCUGUCACGUUUAGAAACUAGGAAAACUGCGCCAUGGUCCAUAGCCACCAAGUAGCGGCUUCCUUUACUUCUGUCUAAUCUUAAGCCGACACAGUGUUACAUUGAUUUCACCGAAUAUCAUUAAUUCCUGUAUCACCCCCUAAAGGAGUUUUAUAGUCACUGACCGGAGUGGGCACUGCCCCAUAUAAGUAAUGGAGGGGGCGUCAACCUAUGGUUCUCUAUCCAAGAAGGAACAACAAAUGGGUAUGCUGGAAGUAAGAAGGCUGGAGGCACUCGUUGCUUGCCAACCCAACUUUAUUUCGGUCCGGUCACAGAUGCAACAAAGGCCUUCGGCCUUUGUUGCAUCUGUGACCGGACCGAAAUAAAGUUGGAUUUGGCAAACUACGAGUGCCUCCGGAGUUUCCUUAAACGGGUACUCCGGUGGAAUUUAUUAUUAUUUUUUUUUUUUAAAUCAACUGGUGCCAGAAAGUUAUACAGAUUUGUAAAUUACUAUUAUUUAAAAAUCGUAAUCCUUCCAGUACUUAUCAGCUGCUGUAUGCCUCACAGGAAGUUCUUUUCUUUUUGAAUUUCUUUUCUAUCUGACCACAGUGCGAGAUGAAGUCCCAUAAAAAGCUUUUUUUUUUAAUUUAAAAUCCAUUUACAAGCAUGUAUUACAGACGUCACAGUACAAGAAAACGAAAUAGGAAGAAAGACAGAUGUCCGGCACUGCUAGACUAAGAUGAGCGGCAGCGUAUGGAACGUUGAUAGUGCUGUAAACCGUAUACGUGAGGCUUCGGUGUAGGAGGUGCUAAGCUAUGACAGCAGUCAGCAAUAGUAAAAAAAAAAAAGAACACAGAGCUUGCACUCACCGUCCGAAGUAACUUCUUUAUUGCUUUGUGUCAGGCAUUACAAACUGGAUGGGUUGAGGCGGUGGGGAGCUACCGGGACAGACUGUUUCACGCCACUCGAGGCGCUUCUUCCAGCCGGUGUGCAAAUACGGCGCCUGCCGGUGACGCUAUUCAUCUGCGUCCCGGGAGGGGGGGUGAAGUCAUGUGUAACAACAAAAGGGAUCAUGUGAUGUAUACAAAACAACAUGUGUUUAGACAAUACGGCUAGAACAACACAGAUCGCUACGGCGGCAGAAAAACAUAAGGAUAAAGAGUAAGAUUGUUACUAUUAAUGUGAUAUAAACAUUUGUAGGAGGCUGAGGUACAAGUUCGACCCGAUCGUUGAGACCAAGGACGCCCAUCGCGUCCAACGUUAAGAUCCAUGCCGCUUCUCUUCUCAAGAGAGCGGCAUGUCUAUCUCCUCCGUUAGGUUGUGGCUUAACUCUUUCAAUGCCGGCAAACUUUAAAGUACUGGGGUCACUGUUGUGGACCUCUUUUAUGUGGGCGAUCAAUCUGGGAGCACCAACUUCAGUUCGGAUCGACCGUAUGUGCUCCCGGAAACGUACAAAGAGAGGACGGAUUGUCUUACCCACAUAAAAGAAGUUACAAGGGCUAAAGAUGACAUAUACCAAGUAUGAGGUGCGGCAAGUGAUAAGGUCGUGUACAGUGUGAGCUCCAAGUUGCAUGGUUUGGGUGGCCACAUUUUGACAACAAAAGGAACAAUGCCUACAAGGGUAGUUGUCCUUGGGGGUCAUUCUUCCUUGCCAAUUCUUAUCAACUUCAGAUUGAUCUCUGGAAUUAUUACUAGAUGUUUUUUAGGAUAUCACCUAUAGUACGGUUCUUUCUAUAGGUGAUAAGGGGAGAGUUUUUUGCAAUAUCCUUUAACUCAGCGUCUGACUCGAUAACAUACCAAUUAUUGCGUAUUGCCCUAGCUACAACAUUAUUCAUGUUGGAAUUGGCUAUUGAGAAAGUAAAACGCUGCGGUUUAUUAGUCAGGCGCGGUUUUGGGAUUAGGAGAUUUUCUCGCGGAGUUACAACAGCCCGAUCAUAGCCAGUUUUUUUAUCACAUCAGAUGGGUAACCACGUCAGGCGGUUUUUUAAAUCAUCUGCCUGUGACAAAAAGGUGUUCUCAUCACUAUUAACUUUAUCUAGACGUAGAAAUUGAGAAAAAGGUAUACUCUUUUUUUACAUGGUGCGGGUGGGAACUGUUAAAAUGUAACAAAGCAUUCCGGGCUAUAGGCUUUCUAUAGCCUUGGGAAUGUAAUGUUCCAUCCCGUACAAUCAAUUUCACUUCUAAAAAUGUGAAUUGUGUCAGAAGUAAACAGCAUAUUCUCUUGGUUUGUAGUAUUCAUAUAGGAGAUGAAGGAGGUAAACAUAUCUUUUGUGCCCUCCCAUACAAUUAGGACGUCGUCAACGAACCUAAGGUAGAGUUUUAUAUUGGACACAUAUGGGUUAUCGAUAGAAAACACGUAACGGCGUUCAAACGCCGCCAGAAAAAGGUUGGCUUUGUAUGUCUCUCUCAGUAUUUCAAGGACAGCCUGUACACCCGCAUCGUGUGGGAUGCGGGUGUACAGGCUCUCAACAUCGAUGGAGGCUAGGUGGUAAGUAUCGGACCAAUGGAAAUUCUCAAGAUGUGUGAGAAGGUCACCAGUGUCCUUCACAUAUGAUGGGAUCGAAGGAAGGAGUGGUUUUAAAAGCCACUCAAGAUAUUGAGAGAGUUACUCGGUCGCAGAGCCGAUCCCCGCGACUGUGGGUCGCCCCGGGGGUUGGCUCUGCGACUUAUGCACCUUGGGGAGAAAAUACCAUCUGGCGUGACGGGGGUCACGGGGAAUCAAUUUCUCGGCAGUGGACUGGGUUAAGAGACCCUGUUCACAUUUGGUUCUGAGAAAUGUGCGAAGUGAGUUGAGAGUUUUCCGUGUCGGAUUUUCAAAAAGCCGUUUGUAUGUGGCAGUAUCUCCUAGAAGGCGUUUUUUUUCAACUUCGUACAUAGAGUUGUACAUAAGUACAGUACUACCGCCUUUGUCUACUUUCAAGACCCUCAAAUCCGAACGGGAUCGAAGCCAGUUCAAUGCUCGUAAUUCACUUGCGCUUAGGUUUGGUCUAGGUUGGGGGUAUAACAAGGUCUUCACGUCUCGUUCGACUGCCCUCGCAAACAGAUCAAUCGAACUGCCUACGGGGACAUGCGGUGAGAGCGUAGAAGGGUUCCCUCCUCUAAAAGCCAAACAAUACAAGAAAAGAAAAAUUCUUGACGCGUUUUGGGGGCUUGCCUCUUAUUCAUAAGUUAUGACUAAAGGGCAUCCUCGCUCCGAAACCCGUCAAGCGUGUUCUUUCUAUAGUGAUGUCUGUAAUACAUGAUUUUAAUAGAUUUGAAAUAAAGCUAUCUUUUUUUGUAGGACUUAAAGGGGUACUCCACUGGAAAACAUUUUUUUUUAAAUCAACUGGUGACAGAAAGUUAAAUAGAUUUGUAAAUUACUUCUAUAAAGAAAAUCUUAAUCCUUCCAGUACUUAUCAGCAGCUGUAUACCACAGAGAAGGUUGAGUACUUCUUUUCUGUCAGACCACAGUGCUCUCUGCUGACAUUUCUGUCCAUGUCAGGAACUGUCCAGAUUAGGAGCAAAUCCCCAGCAACCCUCUUCUGCUCUGGACAGUUCCUGACAUGGACCGUGUCAGCAGAGAGCACUGUGGUCAGGCAGAAUAGAAAUUCAAAAAGACAAGAACUUCCUGUGGAGCAUGCAGCAGCUGAUAAGUACUGGAAGGAUUAAGAUUUUCAGAUAGAAGUAUUUUGCAAAUCUUUUUAACUUUCUGGCUCCAGUUGAUUUAAAAAAAAAAAAAUUUCCACCGGAGUACCCGUUUAAUGAUAAUGUAUAGCUGCCAAGUGAUGCCUGUGUCUAGGGAAAGUGCAUAUCCCGAGCUGCUACAAUGUAGAAACUUUGUUUCAGUGUUUAAAGGGGUGUUUAAACUUUUUUUUAUAUAUCAACUGGCUCCAGAAAGUUAAACAGAUUUGUAAAUGACUUCUAUUAAAAAAUCUUAAUCCUUCCAAUAAUUACCAGCUGCUGAAGUUGAGUUGUUCUUUUCUGUCUGGUAACAGUGCUCUCUUCUGACAUUUCUGCUUGUCUUGGGAACUGCACAGAGUAGAAGAGGUUUGCUAUGGGGAUUUGCUUCUACUCUGGACAGUUCCUGAGACAGAUGUCAUCAGAGAGCACUUAGACAGAAAAGAACAACUCAACUUCAGCAGCUCAUAAGUACUGAAAGGAUUAAGAUUUUUUAAGGGUGCAUUCACACCACGUUUUUGCAAUACAGUUCCCGUAUACGUUUUCAAUGUGAAAACCGUACGGAACCGUAUUGAAAACCGUAUGCAUUGACUCUCCAUUGAAAACCGUAUGCCAAAAAAUGCAUCAGGUUGUGUCCGUUUUGCAUCCUGUACGGUUUUGUCAGUUUUUUUUUCCCAUACCCAAAACCGUAGUCUACCACGGUUUUUGGUCCGGGUGAAAAACUGUAUUAAACCGUAUACGUUUUUUUUUUUUUAACAUGGGAGUCAAUGGGAACCGUACAGAACUGUAUGUGCGUAUGAUUCCAUUCGGUUUGCACAAUACGGUUUUUGACUUUGCAGAGUUUUUUUUCUCCGAAUUUCAAUCAAACAAGUGAAACUUUAUUCAAAAUGGAGUGAAAAGUUAAAAACGUAUAAGUUUUUUUCUUUAAAAAACACAUGCAACCGGUAAUCAUUUUUCAAACCGUAUACGGUUUGUAACUGAAUACGGGUUGAAAUUUGUACACACGUUUUGAUACAGUUUAAUCAGGUUUUGAGGAAUCCGUUUUUCAUCAAAAACCUGAUACGGGAACUGUAUUGCAAAAACGUGGUGUGAAUGCCGCCUAAUAGAAGUAAUUUACAAAUCUGUUUAACUUUCUGGAGCCAGUUGAUUGAGAUAUAUAUAUAUAUAUAUAUAUAUAUAUAUAUAUAUAUAUAUAUAUAUAUAGAUAUAUAUAAAAAGUUUUUUCCUGGAAUACCCCUUUAAAUAGAAUCUGGUUGUUACUGAAGAUAUCACACAUUUGUUACACGCAUGACCUACGAUACAUCUAGCUGCCACCCUAUAUAAUGAACAGGUAUUGGACUUUGUCGCACUACUGGAGCUUUUUUUGGCCCCCUCCAACCAUGUGUCAUAUAUAGCAUCGCCAUCAUCCCCAAUAAGUACUAAGUCCGGGGUGCGACUACUAACCCUGAACCGUACACCACUGAACAUAGCUGUGGAAUUGAAGACGUCUGAUGUAGUAACAUGGUCUUGUAUCUGCGUCUACUUUCACUGACCUCACUCAUCUAGUGUCUGGCAGUGUGAAGCGAUGACUUCAUCUCAUCCUCUCCUGUGACGCGUUUCGCUCUUCUGUAACCAUCCCGGCGAUAUCUACGCUUUCCGGCAUUGUAUUGAAGGGUCCGUCGUUAGAUUCACCACCUCAUGACCUCAGUACUGUACUUGAUGUUCGCAGUCACGGCCUCUCACUAUUGCACAGAGCAGAAAGUACUGACACGACUGUUACUUGUGGAGAAGAGGAUGUCACGCUCGUCUCUUCUGGAGGGUGGAAGAUGUCUUCCUGAAAACUAUAACUUAAGCUGUUACCUGCCAAACACUUUUUAAAAGAUGAAUAAAAUUGAGGUUUCCAUG